AUGUUGGACAGCUUUGAAAUCGUCACCACCUCGGGCGUGGUUCUCUGGUCGCGCAACUACGCCUUUGUCAGUCCUGCGAUAGUCAACAAGUUUAUCACCGACGUGUUCAUCGAAGAGAAUGCCUCUGGGGCUGUCACGAAAGAGGAGAUCGCCUCGGGCAGCAGCCAUGCACCAUACCUGGCCGACCAGUACGCGGUCAAGUGGGCCUUUGUGAAGGACCUGGGCAUCAUCUUUGUGGCUGUCUACAAGUCGCUCCUCCACCUGUCGUGGAUCGACAAGCUGGUCGAGAACAUCAAGACCAUCUUUGCCAGCCUGUACGGCGAACAGCUCACGCGGCCCCACACAACCAUCGUCGAGUGCGCGCGCUUCGAUAACUACUUUGAUCAGCAGAUGAACGAGCUCGAAGGCGGGCCUGCGUCAACGGACACACGACCGCUCAAGACCGAUGCAGCUCGACCCAAGGGAGUGCUGACCGACGAUAACUCGGCCGGGUCCACGCCCAUCGACACGCCGGUCACCUCGAGGCCGUCGACGCCCGGCGGCAGCGGCAGCGGCAGCACAGAUGCAGCGCCUCGCUUUGCCGGCGGCAGUAGCGGCACGACAACAUCAGCACAGCCGAGCCCGCUGGCCAAGGUGUCCAGGCGGGCGCGCAAGGCGCAUCACGUGGCCGCUGCCGGUACAUCCUACUCGAGCGACGAGGCAGUGCGCAAGCAGCAGAAAGACAAGACGGCCAAGACGGCCAAGAAGGGACGCAAGUGGGGGGCCGACGGCAUGGCAGACGAGGAGGACGACAUUCAGCUGGACUAUUCGACGCUGGAUGCGGCAGACAAGACGACAGCUGUGCGGUCGUCCGCGCUCGAGCAGGUGGACGCAGCCACAUGGGGGUCCAAGACGUCCAAAGGACAGUUCGUGCUCAAGGACCUGGACAGCGAGGUACACUCGAUCCUGGCGGAUGCGGCGGCCAGCAAGAAGGCGGCGUCGCAGGCCAAAGCUGAGGCUGCGGCCUCGACCUCGGGUGCCGGCGGUCUGUUGGGGUCGGGGCUGAGUACGAUAGGCGGCCUGUUCCGCAACGUGGUCGGCGGCAAGACGCUGACGCGGGAGGACCUCGACAAGGCCAUGAAGGGCAUGGAGGACCAUCUGCUGCGGAAGAAUGUGGCGCGCGAGGCGGCUGUGCGGCUGUGCGAGAGCGUCGAGGCCGAUCUGGUCGGCGUGAAGACGGGCAAUUUCGAAAGUACAAAUGCCCGCGUCAAGACGGCCCUUGAAGCAGCCCUGACAAAAAUGCUGACCCCGACAUCGUCGCUGGACCUGCUGCGCGAAAUCGAUGCCGUGACAGCACCACCAGUCACCUCGCUGCGCAAGCCACGGCCUUACGUGAUCUCGAUCGUGGGCGUCAACGGCGUGGGCAAGUCGACGAACCUAUCCAAGAUCUGCUUCUUCCUACUGCAGAACCGCUACCGCGUGCUGAUCGCAGCCGGCGACACGUUCCGGUCCGGCGCUGUCGAGCAACUGGCUGUGCACGUGCGCAACCUCCAAGAGCUGACCUCACGUGAUCAAAACGGCUCCGCCGUCGAGCUCUACCAGCGCGGUUACGGUAAGGACGCGGCAGCCGUGGCUAAGGAUGCCGUCGCCUUUGCCGCCCAGAAGGGCUUCGACGUCGUGCUGAUCGACACGGCCGGCCGUCGCCACAACGACCAGCGCCUCAUGUCGUCGCUCGAGAAGUUUGCCAAGUUCGCCCAUCCCGACAAGAUCCUCAUGGUCGGCGAGGCUCUCGUCGGAACCGAUUCCGUUGCUCAGGCCCGCAGCUUUAACUCGGCUUUUGGCUCCAACCGUUCGCUAGACGGCUUCAUCAUCUCCAAGUGCGACACCGUCGGCGGCAUGGUCGGCACUCUCGUCAGCCUCGUCCACGCCACCAACGUUCCCAUCCUCUUUGUCGGCGUCGGCCAGCACUACUCGGACCUACGCAAUUUCUCGGUCAAGUGGGCGGUCGAACGGCUGCUGAGUAACGACUGA